AUGCACGAUGUCGCUCAAGAAGUGGUGGGAAAAAAGAUUUGCACAGUAAAAAGCAUAGAUGGGGAUAUAGACAAAAAGGUACGACAUCUCUCUCUUACACAAAGUGAAUCUUCAAAUUUUGUUUCCAAUAAGACCCACAUACGCUCAUAUCUUCAAGUUGAUUUUCGUAUAGAUAAGAGUCUCGAUCAGUUUUAUGUGGAUGCAUUAAUAGCUAAUUGGAAGUAUUUAAGGGCUUUGGACUUGAGUAGAUCAAAUAUCAAGAGUUUGCCAGGCUCAAUAGGUGAUCUAAUACAUUUGAGGUAUCUAGACCUCGGAUACAAUAGUGAAUUAGAAGCUCUUCCUGAAUCAAUUACAAAACUAUAUAAUCUUCAGACUUUAGUCUUAAUAUUUUCUAAAUUGAAGUUUUUGCCAAAAGAUUUGAGGAAGCUGGUAAAGUUGAGGGUCUUGGAAUUAGGUGAUUGCGAUGAGCUGAAAUAUAUGCCAAGGGGCUUGGGUAUGUUAACUUGCCUUCACACUCUUGAUAUGUUUGUAGUGGGAGGAAUAAGUCUAAGUACAAAAGAGGUGUUUGAUGAGCUGGACGAUCUAAAAGCUUUCACAAACCUUAGAGGUUUUAUUAAUAUCAGAACCCAAUUUAUGAAAACAAGUGCAGAUACUUAUAAGAUAAUUGGAGGAAGGAAGGGAGGGUGCCUUGGUAACAAGGAACAUCUCAAAGAAGUAUGCUUAUCAUUUGUUGGUGAUGAGGAGGUAGAGGGGAGGGAGGAGUAUGAUGAAGCAAUGAUGGAAGCGUUGCAGCCAAAAUAUACUAAUCUCACGUAUUUAUUUUUGCAAGGAUAUCGAGGUGUGAGAAUACCAAAUUGGGUUAGGGAAGAUAACUUGGCAACCAUUUUCCCCAAUCUUGAUUUUAUGGUGUUUGAAGAUUGUUUGAAUUUGCAGUAUUUGGGACAUUUACGGUAUCCUCGAUUGGAAAUAUUAUUUGUGGAGAAUUGCCCAAACCUAAGUGGUAUUCUGGAGUGUCCUGCAUUACAACGGCUAGAAUUAUCCAAUUUCAAUGACAGAUUGGAAAUAAUCAACAUUGGUUCCAAUCUUAAGACGGUGAGGAUAGACAACUUGGCAUGGCUUGAUUCUUUGCGUUUUCAGAGUGGUGCGAAUAAAGCCAAUAUGAAGACAUUUGCAUGUCUUUCUUCCUUGAAGGUGUUGGAAAUUAAAAAUAGCUCUAAUUCAAGUCUAUCAAUGGUAGCCGCAGUGAGAGAGGUUCCGUUUUGUCACUCCCUUCGCUCCUUGACAUUAACCUCAGUCUCUCAUAUGCCAAAUUUGCCGAAUUGGAUAAGCCACUUGACUGCUCUUCAAUGCCUUGACAUUUCGUUUUGCAAAGAACUGGAAUCAAUGCCGAAUUGGAUGUCCAAACUCACCUCUCUUAGGAAACUUACAGCAUAUGGCUGCUCAGCACGCCUAAAAGAAAGAUGCCAAGAAUCAACUGGAGAGGAUUGGCCCCACAUUCAACACAUCCCUUCCAUUUUAAUCUAG